CCUCUUAUCUUCAUUUAUCCCUCCCUCGCCCUCCUAUAAAAAAUUCACCAAGCCAAACUCCAACUUCUUCACUUCUCCUCAUCGGCAGUUUUUAUCUGUGUUUCAAUGCUCAUCACCCUCAAAACAAAGACACCAUUCCCUCUCAAAUUCUCAUUUCCAAUCUUAACUUCCUUUAAUUCCUUAUAUUCAACACUACCCUUAAACCCUAACCACGAUAAUCUCAAAACCCCACCUCAAAGCCCCACUGCAAUACCCUUAUCUGCACCACAACUCAAAGCCUUAGUGCUUAGCCAAUUCUUCCAUGGCAAUUUCUUCAAUCUCAUACAAAAUGUCGUCGCUUUGCCCUCUGUUCUCCUCUCUGCCUCAGAAAACCUUGUUACUUCCCAUUAUAAUGCCUCCAGCUCGCCGGAGUCAACUGGGUUCCCUCAGUCUCUUUACCACUCAGUCUCUAGGCAUUUCUCGAUUGAAGAAAUGGGUCGAGAGAUUUCUGAUAACCGGUUGGAUAUCGAGUCUAAUUCUGUCAAAAUGGCAGGUAAAGGUGAGUCCUUGGUUUUGCCCAAUUUGAAGCUCAAACUUUUUAUUGAAGCUAUUAGGCUUGUGUUAGAAAUUGUAUACGAUGAUCGUUUUGUUACUUUUUCUUAUGGUGGACGUGUCAAUAUGGGGCGGCACACGGCUAUAAGGUACCUUAAGAACUCGGUGAAAAACCCAAGUUGGUGGUUUAGUGUUUGCUUUAAUAGUGUCAAGUUUGAUAGUAGGAAUGUAGAUAAGUUAUGCUUGUUUAUGGAAGAGAAAAUUAAGGAUAGGAUUUUGAUUGAUGUGAUAAAAAAGUUAUUUGAAUGUGGAGUUUUGAAAAUUGAACUGGGUGGGUUUUAUUUGGGUAGGGGAUUUCCUCAAGAAUGUAGGUUGUGUUCAAUUUUGAUUAAUAUUUAUUUUAAUGGGUUUGAUAGAGAAAUUCAAGAAAUGCGUUUAGCAAUUGGCAAACAGAAUCCCAAAUUUGAAACAAAUGAGAUUAGUGAAAGGUCCAACUCCUUUUAUAAGCCAGUCAAGGUAUAUGCAGUUAGGUACUUGGAUGAGAUCUUAGUAAUUACUUCAGGCUCAAAGAUGAUGACCAUGGAUGUGAAGAAUAAGGUUUUGAAACUGUUGGAAAAGAAUUUGGAGUUGGAGGUAGAUAGAAUAAAGACAGCUAUCCAUAGUGCAGUUUCAGAGAAGAUUGAUUUUUUGGGGAUGGAAUUGCAGGCUGUCCCACCUUCAGUCUUGCAUCCUCCUAUGUCAGAAAAAGCAAUCAGAGCAAGGAAGAAAUAUCUUAGACAGAAAGAAGUUAGGGCUUUGGAAUUGAGAAAUGCACGGGAAAGGAAUAGGAAGAAAUUGGGUUUGAAAAUUUUAAGUCAUGUUUUUAAGAAGUUAAAGCAGAGUAAUGGGUUCAAAAUUGACUUCCAAAUUGAGAAUGAAGUGCGAGAAAUCUUUGCAACUUGGGCAGAUGAAGUGGUUCAAGAGUUUAUGGGGUCCUUGGAAGAGCGUUGGAAUUGGCAUAGAAUGCUCACUGCAGGUGAUUUCCUUUCUUUGAGGCAUAUUAGAGAUCAAUUGCCACAAGAGCUUGUUGAUGCUUAUGAUAGGUUCCAAGAGCAGGUGGAGAAGCAUUUGUCACUAGUUAAGGCUAGAAAGGCAUUGGAGGAAGAAGAAAGGAGAGUUGAAGAAGAGGAGGAAAGAAAGCAUGCUGAGAGAACAGUGGAGGAUCUGACAAGGCUAUGCAUGAAAGUCUCUGCGCCUAUAGAACUGGUAAGGAAGGUUGUUAAGAUGGCUGGGUUUACAAAUAAUAUGGGCCGUCCUAGAUCAAUUCACUUUCUUACUAUUCUGGAAGACGCUGAUAUUAUAAAGUGGUAUGCAGGGGUUGGGAGAAGAUGGCUUGAUUUCUUUUGCUGCUGUCACAACUUUAAGAUGGUAAAAACAGUUGUAAGUUAUCACUUGAGGUUCUCUUGUAUUCUGACACUAGCAGAAAAGCAUGAAGCAACAAAACUUGAAGCUAUUAAACAUUACACUAAAGAUUUGAAAGUCAUUGAUAUGGAUGGAAAUGAAGAAGUACACUUUCCCACCGAGAGAGAGGUAAAGAUAAUGGGAGAUAAAAAUCUCUCAGAUCCAAAACCUGUAGAUGGGGCUUUAUCAUUGGCAUUGAUCAGACUGGCUUCCGAUGAGCCAUCACAUUCCUGCGUUGUUCAUUUCUGUGAUAGAACAAAUACUAUUGUAUACCGGGUGAGGUUACUACAAAAUCUUUCAAAUGUGAAGGGGAUGGGUGCCAUUCACAAAUGCGUGGACCGAAUAUGCCUCCCUUUAUGUUCUGAUCACUUAAAUGAUUUAUAUACUGGGAAAAUUACUCUUCAAGACAUUGAUUGCACAUCAUUUGUGGAUGUGGACUGAACAACAUUUGUAAUAAUCAAUUACAGAUGUCAUAGGUGUUAAGUCUUAAAGCUACCGAUGAUCUGAUGCUGAGAUCAACCUGUUGCUUUCUAUAUACAAAUUAACCAGUUGCUUUUGACACACAAAUAGAAUCAGGUAGUCACUCCAUGCUUUGUUUCCAUAUAGAGUGAUUUAUGUUUUGGACAGGCUCAGGCAAGGUCAAUACUGAAACGCAUUUGUUAUUAGCAAUUCCUGAACCUAUAGCGCAUCAAUGAAAUGAAAAUGAUUGUUUCAUAAAGUGAGUGAUCAUUACAUACAUUUAUUACUGUGAAUGCAAGGAGCAGUAGAAAGUUGAUGAUCUUGUUUGGAUAGAGAGUUGAUGACCGAUGAAGCAAAUUGUUGGAGAAAGUUCUUCAAAGCAAGAGUGAAACUACGAGUAAAAGUGGUAAUUCUCUUUCCUGGUUCCUAUAAUUUGGAUUUGGCAUUUCUUACAUCUUUUUAUGGGAAUAGAGAUUAAUUGACUUUGACUAAAGCAAAGGGAAUAAGGCAUGUUUGGCGUUGCUAUUGCCUAUAAGUACUAAAUGUGAGUGAUGUGAAUUUGAGUUAGAGAAUGAAUAGCUAUUUACUAAAUUUUAUCAAUGCAACUUGUUAGUUAUUUGAAAAAACUUCAACUAUGUUUUUUUUUGCCCCCCAAGAUUAGCCUUUGGCAUAUGAAAAUCAUAUUGUAAAAGUAAAUCAUCAAAAGAAUUUCUUCCAACUUUUUAUCUAAAAAUUACGAUUAACAACAAUAGUGCAAAACAUGCUCUAAUAUUUCACAGAAGAAAUUAGUUAUGUAACAUGACCUAACAUUAUACAAGAUAGUUAAUCUUAUGUAUCGUUUGAAUGAACAAGUUGAGAACCUUACAAGCCAUCUUCUAGACAGUGUAACCAUGAAACCUUUUUGGGAUUCGAGGCUUUUAGUUGGUUAAUGAUGGAUAAAUUGUCAUCCACCCUGUUUUUAUCUUUGCCCAAGAACCUGGUAAUCAUUGCAUGUUUCAGCAGCUCUGUUUUGAUUGGAAAAUAGCACUGCAAAACCAUCUCUUCCUUAAUCUUGUUUUUCAUUUACCUGGAGGAGAUUUAUUCAUCCAUUCUUGACAUAUUGCUAAUUUAUUGCAUUUCCUCCUCUUAUGAAUCCUACUGAUAUUGCUUUGAAAGGAAUCCUAGUAUUAUUUUGGCACACCAAAUCCAGCAAGUUUUUAUCUCCUCAAAGUAUGUAGAUGAGUGUCAUGGGACCAUCAAAGUGAUGUUUUAACAUCUUUCCAUAUAGACAACUGCAUGAUUAUCUUUGAACUCAAGGACACAGAGGUAGGAACCUAUAGAACAGAAACUGUUGAAGUAAGGUCGUGCCCUUACUUUUUUGGAACCUGGUGUUUAUACUAGGUUCAUUUUUUCAUACAAGCUUAAUUGAGUAGUCGAUGUGGAUUGCUUAGCUGUCAUCAUUGUCUAUUAACCUAAUAGCAGAGAAUGCUGAUUUGCUCAUAUUACUUUGGUGACUAACCCUUUAUCUUCUUUUUUUUCUUCCUUUUAUUAUUUUUUUAUUGGUACUGGAAUUGUUGACUUUUUUCUAUUUCAUAAAUUUAUAUUUAAUUUAAUUGGAUGAAUUUAUUACAAGCUCAAAUUUAUAUAAGAUCAAAUUGACUAGCUUUUAAUUUAAAUAUUUGUGAUGAAAUUCAUGCAUGGUCAAUUAAGAUAUGUAUGUACAUAAUUGAAAUAAUAUGUUGACCCUGCAUAAAUCUUAUAAUAAAUAUUUGAUCUAAAUAUUACUUGACUCAUUCUUAUAUGAAUUAAAACUUAUAAUAGAUGCACCUAAUUUAAUUUGAGAGAGAAUCAAAAUAGUAUAGUGAAAGUGAUUGACUAUUGCUCUCUUCUUUUGGGCUUAAGCAUGUUUAUGCAAUGAAAUUAUUGUUUUAAAAAAAUGGUUUUUACUGUGUAUUGCUUCCUAUAUAAACUCACUAGUUUUUUUCCCCUUUAUUUAUAGUAGGUAAUUAUAUAUUGUCACCUCUCUUAGGAGAUAAUAUUAGAACUUUUUAUGCAAAAAUAAUGUGAUAUUAUUAGUUUUGUCAUAUUCAUUUCAAUAUUGAAUGAAGAACAAAAACCAAACUAAAUUCAGAAAAAGAAAAAUUACACAUUCAAAGUAAGAUAAAAAGAAAAUAUGCAUAUAUAGAGUGUUUGAUUUAGCUGUUAGGUACAAUUGCUAGUUUAAUCCUGAACAAGCUAACUUAAUUUAUUUAAUGAAAUUAGGUGAUUAGUAGUUAUUCUUUGUUAAAAUACCUAACAACUGUUCACUGUAAAUUAUCAUUUAUUUAGCUUUUCUUUUUUAAUUGAUAGUUGUUUUGAAGUUAUUUUGUGCUUGCACUAAAGUUUUUAUUAGAUCUAUUAAUAAUAAAUUAUCUUUUUUGAAAAAGAUUAAUUAUUAUGCAAUCAAAUCAUAUAGAAAAUAUAAAUAAUUAUUAAAAUGUUUAUAAUAUAAUAUUAGCAAUAACUAUAAUAUCCAUAUUUGUAGGCAAAAAAAAUAAUUUAUUGCAAAUAUAUACAUAUUUAUUGGAAUUUAUUAAUUUAAAAAAAAAAACAAAAUUGUCAUUUGAUAUACCUAAUAAUGACAUCAGCUAGAAAGUUACAGUAAAUAAUUAUUCCCUUCAUCCUAUUGUAAUAGAUGAUUUAGAAAAAUUUUAUUAUCCCACUUUAUUUGCUAUUUUAGAAAAUCAAUAAAGCAUUAAUUAUUUUUUACCGACUUUGCCCUUGUCUAUUAUUAUUUAUAAUGCAUUUAUCUCUUCUUAACACCUUCUUAACACUAUAAGGGUACUUUAGUCAAUUAUUACUUUUUUUUUUUAAUGAUGCUAUCCAAUCAUUUUCUUAAUCCUUGUACAAAAACUUUAAAAAGUUAUUGAAAUGGGACUGAAGGAGUAAUAUUUAUAAACUAUUAGCAAUUGAGCAUCAACUUAGCAGUAGCUAAUUAAUUAUGACCAAAAGACACAGCACUUAUACAAAUAACAAUACAUUCCCAUGAGAGCUUCAACAUCAUCUUCUCUCUCUAAUUAAUAUAUAAUGCAUCAUUUUUAGCUUCCAAUUAUUUUUUUUAAAAUUUUUUUGAAAGUAAUAUUUUACAAUGAGUAAUGUAUAGCAGAUAUGUGAAUCUGCAAAGCACAGAUGUUGAUGCUGCUUAUGGUUGAGCAGUUUCUUCAUGGAUCAGGUUUGACACUGGUGAUAUGUAAUUUGUACAAGCUCAUAAAUUUCGCUAUGAACUCUGCAGAUGGAAACAAAGGUGAGCUUAAUUUAUGAAAAUAAAAUAAAAAAACCACUCUAUUUUUUGUAAUUUAUUUCCAUUGCACUAUACUAUUAACUUACUUGUGAUUUGUGUUAUUAUUUGGCUAACAAUGUUAUCAGCUGUUGGAAGUUAGUUUUAGUUUUUGGUCUUCCAAUCUCAAAUUACAAUUGUCAAUCCAAAAACAGGCCCUAAAAUUGAACCUAAUUGUUGUUUUCUUUUAUUAAGCUUGUGUAUCUUGCUCAUCUGACCCUCUAUUUAACAUAAACUUUAUACAUUUAGUUGCUCAAAAGGAAAAAGAAAUCAAUAAUAAUAAAAAUUUGCAUAUUAUUGCAUUUUACCUUCAAUGUUAACGUAUUUCUGAAAUUUCUGAUUUGCAGGAUCCUGAGGCCCUUUACCAUCUUGUAAAAGCAGUUUUUCUCUUAAACUGUAAUCCCUGUGCAGAUUGUCAAGUUGCUGCUGGCAGAACUCAUCCAAAUUCUUUUUCAGCUCUUCCAACAGGCUCUGUAUCAGGACGACAAAAGUUAUGAACUUACUGAAUCAAUUGCAAAACAGAUAAAAAGGAUAGUAAGUCUCCCACUUCGCAAAUAAAUUCAGGGGACACAUCAUGCCCCAUUAGAUUUUGAAGCUUCCCACGAAUGAUAUAUAGCCUGCAAAGAUACAAGCGAAUUGGUACUCAAAAUUUAUGGGAGAUUACAUAUGAUGCAAGAUCCAAGCUCUAAACCGAUAACUUGGGAACUAACAAGACAGCAGAAUGAGAUGUGAUAAUCCCGGCUGAGAAGGGCAAAAUUCAUACAGGGUCACCAGGGCAAAGGAAGGCAAACAUAUAUACUUGAAUGAUAUGGAUUAGGUCACCUUCUCUUCCAUGAAGCCUCUAACGAGCGAAUGGCUUGACGAAGAUUAUUCUUCGAGUUUAUGGCAAUACUUUCUGCGAAUUGGUGUGGCAAUUUUAUACCUUCUUGUUCGGCUAUAUAUUCUAAGACUUCAACAAUCUAAACUUAGAAAAAUUCCAAUGUGUUAAAAAUCCUGGAGAAAGCUUGAAUAUCAUAUUAAUCACAAGAAAUCCUGUUAUAGCA